GGGCAUCGGCGAAUAGUAUAACCUCCAACGACAGUGCUGACCACACGCGUCAUUCGCGAGACAUAUCGAUACAAAACGGAAAUUUCAAAACGAGAAUCGAUUACGAGCCGCUGUGAUGCGAUAGUAAUUAACAGCAUUCAUUCGACAAUCGCACUCGGACGAGAGAAUCCAGUGUAUGUUGUGUGAGUGAUAAAAAUAUUCAUAAGGAAUCAGUUAACAUGAAGGAAAUUAUAUUAUUAGUGCUGGCUGGGUGCAGUGUUGCAUUGUCAACGACACCACCGCUAAUGCAAUGCUGUCCAGGGAACCAAAUCUUAUUACCGAGAGGAUAUUGCGGUACAGAGAAGUUAAAUGUGCUUAACUGCACAGCAGGACGCAUGGUUCUCAGAGAUAUUAUACUGGAUGGUACAAAAGUUUCCACUAACGAUUCGCCAAGCUUCGUGUUUGUUGAAGACCCCUCUGAAUUUUGCGUCGCAGAAAUGUACAGAAACAACAGUGACCCAUCUCAGGGCACCGUCCCAGUGGCCAUAGUGUGCUUCGAAGAGAUAUCCAAGACCAGUGACAUCGAAACCAGUGGGAUAUUAACUUUAGUGUCAGUUAUUUUCCUCGUCGCAACUAUUGCUGUUUACACCUUCUUGCCACAACUGAGGGAUCUACAGGGACUCUGUUACAUGUGUAUGUGCGUUAGUAUGGCGCUAGGAUUCUUGUCUUUGGGAAUACUGCAACUGAGCCCAGGAUUUAGAGGCCAGCUUUGUACUGUAACAGGGUUUCUUGUCUACACCUGGAUGAUGGCCACAUUCUUCUGGAUGAAUGUUAUUUCCAUCAACGUCUUUCGCACAGUGCUUGAUUCGACUUACUUAAAGAAAACGGAGAGGAAACAGUAUUUCUACUACAGUUGCUACGCUUGGGGCUGCACACUGUUAUUCCUGACCGUCACCCUCAUUGCUAACUUCGCCGAAGGUGAACACUUCAAACCAGGUUUCGGAGAUGGUAGCUGUUGGUUCAAUGGUCGCACAGAAACUUGGAUCUUCUUCUACGGCCCUGUCGCGGUCCUUAUCGCAGCCAACGUUUGUCUAUUUGGUCUAACAUCGUACAAUUUGUGGAAGCAAACAAGAAAAUAUGAAGUCAACACUCUGAACGUGCUUAAACACAAGUUCCUUCUAUCCUUAAAGCUGUUCCUAGUCAUGGGAAUUUCCUGGGUGUUCGAGAUCGCCAGUUUUGCUCAUGGAUCAGCGCAUAUUGUUUGGAAAAUAAUGGACACGUUCAACUGUCUCCAAGGCGUUAUAAUUUUCAUACUGCUCGUGCUCUUAAGACGGCGUGCAAUGAGAGGCAUGGCCAGCGAAAACGUUUGUCUGUGCAUCAGUCGACCCCUGGCGGAGAAACUCAGCCCACAUGAUGACUCGGAUGACCAGGAAAUACUGGGCGAUGACACCGUGGAGGUCAGGCUCAAUUAAGGAUCAUUUUCAGCCAUUAUAUAUACUUUUGUCAUGUUUCAUGUCACAUUUACAUACAUCUAAAAAAUAUUACAACUAGUCAACGGGAAAUACUAUAGCUAUUAUAAUUGAUAUUAAGAUGUUAUUUAUGUUCAGUGCUAUAGUUGUUCCUACAAUAUUAUCACAUGUGUUGAUAAUGGAACAAUGGCAUGUGCAAAUAAGCUAUUUAUAAAUGCAUCUACUCGUUUCUGAGCCGACUGGAAUGAGUACCUA